AUGCUCUGUUUCCGAGCAGCCGGUGGUGAUUGCGUUGGUUGCGACGGCGACGACAUGAGCACGCCGUGUCGAGCGUGCUUGCAGAGGGCGCAGGCUAGCUACCGCGAUGCCCCGCCGCGACCGCUCAUGCGCGUGAGGCUGGACGGGUCGAACGCAUCGCGUCUGAGAACUCGUGCUGGAGCGGCUGCAGGCCACGGAAGACGCGCCCUCCUGACGUCAGCGCCGCUGCUGCUCACUGCACUGCACUUCAGCCAAGCCAACGCCGCCGAGGGGGAACCGGUUCCGGGCGCUAAUCUGCCGAAAGAAUACGUGCGAAGCGCCAGGAAGGUCGUGACGGCAGUGUCGGAGGCCAUCGAGGCGGAGAGAGAGGGCGCGAGCGAGACGGAGGUGCGACGCAAGGCCGGGCCUGCGCAGGACUCGGUGAAGGCCUUCCUGGGCAGAUACAGGGACGACAAGAGACUGCAAGACGAGGAAACCUAUCUUCAGAUCUCGUCCGUGCUCAAGGACAUGGGGCAGUUCUAUUUGAAGAACGGCCAGCGCGCCAAGUUCCCUCCGGAGCUGGCGCAGUCUAUCCUGGACCGACUGGGAGCUGCAGGGCAGGGUCUGCCGCCCGAGGACAAGCUCCUCGAUCCCAUCGAGGCGCUGCUCGGCCGCUGA